UGUGUGUUGAUACUGUGGCGCAUCCAGAGUGGGUACUUCGGGGCGUAAUUUGGCCGCUGCGAGCCACAGGUGUUGUUGGAAAUGAUCCGUGUCGGUAAAUGCGCUUUUUUGCGCGGAGAAGGAAGCGCAAGUUUCGGUAAAUGUUAUCGCAGCGGACAGGAGAGGGUCGCGGUGUGCACACUGUGCUGUUGAAAAGCACGCCGCUUGUCCUGCCACGACUUCAAGGGGCAAAGGUAAGUGGACUCCCGGUCAGUGCGCGCUGAUAGCGUCGCUCCGUGUCUAGCAGACGGUCUCCGAGUUCCCCGAGUUCCCCGGCUGUCUUUAACAAACAGCCCAUCUCGCUGUGCCUGCAGCUGGAACUGAAACGCAAUAAAAUGACUGUAAUGAGAACUGAAGCUACUGAGUAUGAUCUGCUGAGGAGCGCAGUCUCCACCGGGAUCCAGUGAGGGCACAGCUGCCGUUCUGUUGUGGCUUCACCUCAAGAUGCUGCCAGAAUUCCGCUUUUUAUGAGUCACAUGUAGGUUGAUGGAGCUUUGAAAAUCACUUAAGAGACGGAAGAGGUCGCGAUCUUAAACAAAGAAAGAAAACUGUGUUCACCGGGCUGUUCACCACCACUUUGCAGCAGCGGUCUGCAGGUUUCCCUCUUCCUCCGCUUUAUGAAUGGUGCGCACUGUUCAGUCUGCUGCGGUUUGUCUCCAGAGGAAGCAAGUGCACUGUGCAGGCUCUUCAGUCCCAACAGGUGCCUUUGGUGGCCUCCCACUGUGAACUUGGCACACCCACUCCGCCACCCCCUCCAAAGCCCACAGGUGUGAAGCUGGUCAGUUGUUGCUGAGAGAGAUGAAGACAUGCUCGAUGUUUCUGGCAGCUCUGCUGCUCCCCAGCAUCCAAGCAGUGUGUCCGGAUAAGGAGCCAGGACUGCAGCCAUGGAUGCCGGGACACAGUGAAGACCACCGUGUUACAAUCGGUUAUGGCAGGAAGGUCCUUCUCACUACUUCAGCUACGGUCCACUCCAUUGAGAUUCUCAACGGAGGAAAGCUGGUGAUUGCUGACAACAACCGGCCCAUAAUGCUACGAACAAAACACAUUCUGAUUGGGAACAAAGGGGAGCUGCACAUCGGAAGCCCAGACUGUCCUUAUAAAGGCAACCUCACCAUCUCCCUCUUUGGAAGAUUGGAUGACAGUGAUCAGGAACACAGCUACUUUGGUCGGAAGUACAUUGGCGUGGGGACAGGAGGGACACUGGAGAUCCAUGGAGAAAAGAAGCUGUCAUGGACGUUCCUCAACAAGACCUUACACCCCGGAGAGAGCAACCAAAACAACUACCUAUUUCAGAGGAGCUGGGGGAACCGAGGCAUCAUUAUCCAUGUCAUCGACCCCAAUACCGGAGAGGUUCUGCAAGAUGACAGGUUUGACACAUACCGCAGUAAGGAUGAGAGUCACCGCCUUGCAAAGUAUAUGGAUGGUGUGGAGGCGGGGCUCAUACUGGCCAUGGUGGUCAACGACGAGGGCUCCAACAACUUGGAGGACUCAGCCAAGAAGAGCCUUUCCAGGCUGGGCAGCCAGUACAUCAGCAGUCUGGGAUUUCGUCAUCCCUGGACUUUUAUAGUGACAAAAGGUGACCCUUCUUCUGUUGUGGAGGAUCACGCUGUCUAUCAAGGGACCAAGGCCUCCUCACAGGCCCUGAGCUCUCGUGUUUUCCAGUCAAGCUACGGGGAGCAUUUCACCAUCACCACCAGCAGCCAGUGGGUGCAAGAGGCAGAGUGGACAGAAUGGUUUGACAGAGAUGAUGAGAGGGGAUCUGGAGACUGGGAGAAACUGUCUGACCUGCACGAGGCCUAUCCAGACCGACUAUGUAGCAGUCCACUGGGCAUCCAGGCUGAAACCCAUGAUGGCAUACCAUCCAACCAAACAGGAGAUGUGAUCCAUAAGAAUGACAAGGACUACGGCUUUGUCUGCCUCAACAAGGACCAGGCUCAUGGCCUCUGUCGCAACUACAGGGUCCGCUUCCUAUGUGGAAAAUUGGUUCGUCCGCAGGCCUCCAUUUCCAUUGAUAUGUUGUCCAACAGCAGCAUCCUCGAGCUCGCUGACCAACCAGAGGGCUGGGGGUCUAGGGAUCGGGUGGUGGUGGCCAGUACUGACUACUCCAUGCACCAGGCUGAGGAGUUCACCCUGUUGUCCUGCCCUACCUGCACAUCCAACCAGGUCAAGGUUCAAGGUAAGCCCCAGUUCAUCCACAUGGGUGAGGAGGUGGAUGGGGUGGAUAUGAGGGCAGAGGUGGGCCUGCUGAGUCGUAACAUCCUGCUCCGUGGUGAGAUGGAGCCCGGGUGCUAUGGCAACGAGGCCUGCAAUUUCUUCAACUUCGACACUUUUGGAGGACAUUUGAAGGUGGAGCGGGGCUUCAGGGCAGUUCAUAUAUCUGGGGUGGAGCUGCAGCACAUGGGCCAGCAGACAAUGGGACACUAUCCGGUCCACUUUCAUAUGAACGGAGACGUGGACGAAAGGGGCGGCUACAACCCGCCCACCUCCGUCAGUGACCUAUCCAUCCACCACUCCUUCUCCCGCUGCGUAACCAUCCAUGGCUCCAAUGGACUGCUGGUAAAGGAUGUUGUGGGCUAUGACACUCUGGGCCACUGUUUCUUCACGGAGGAUGGUCCAGAGGAGAGGAACACGUUUGACCAUUGUUUGGGUCUGAUGGUGCGAGCCGGGACCCUGCUGCCUUCAGACAGAGACAGCAAAAUGUGCCGUGACAUCACAGAAGGGGCUUACCCAGGAUAUGUGGCCAACCCACGCCAAGACUGCAGCGCAACUUCAACUUUCUGGAUCGCCAACCCCAAUAACAACCUCAUCAACUGUGCUGCUGCAGGCUCAGAGGAAACCGGUUUCUGGUUCAUCUUCCACCAUGUGCCCACUGGCCCCUCGGAGGGGCUUUAUUCUCCAGGACGCACUGAACACACACCUAUGGGCCAAUUCACCAACAACAGAGCCCAUUCCAACUACAGGGCUGGAAUGAUUCUCGAUCACGGAGUGAAGACCACCAAGGCAAACGACAAGGACAAGAGACCCUUCCUGUCUCUGGUUGGAGCCAGGUAUGGCCCCCACCAGGAUGCUGACCCUUUCAAACCCAGAGUCCCUGCUCUAAUCCACCACUUUGUAGCCUAUAAGAACCAGGACCACGGGGCCUGGCUGAGGGGAGGGGAUGUCUGGCUCGAUGACUGCCAAUUUGCUGAUAAUGGCAUUGGCCUCACUCUGGCGAGCGGAGGGACGUUUCCAGAUGACGAUGGCUCUCGUCAGCAGGUGAAAAACUCGCUGUUUGUGGGUGAGAGUGACAAUCGUGGGAUGCGCUUCCCCGACAACCGGAUCUGGGGCCCCGGGGGUUCGGACCCCACCGGCAGAACCCUACCACGUGGCAUUGAUUUUCCUAUCCGGGGAAUGCAGAUCUACGACGGGCCCAUCAACAUGCAGAACUGCACAUUUCGGAAGUACACUGCGCUAGAUGGACGUCAUACCAGUGCCUUUGGCUUCAGGCUCAACAACUCGUGGCAGAGCUGCCCCAACAACAAUGUCACUGACAUCACCUUUGAUCACGUACCUAUCACGUCUCGGGUGUUUUUUGGGGAGCCCGGCCCCUGGUUUAAUAAGAUGCAAAUGGAUGGAGACAAGACGACCAUCUUCCACGAUAUCGACGGCUCGGUCAGUGAGUAUCCCGGAUCCUUCCUGGUUAAAGAGGACAACUGGCUGCUCCGUCAUCCCGAUUGCAUCGACGUGCCCGACUGGAAGGCUGCCAUCUGCAGUGGCCGCUAUGCACAGAUCUAUGUCCAGACACGUAACCCUGCCAACCUAAACAUGCACAUAGUGAGGGAUGAGUACCCCAAUCGGCCCCUGACGCUAGAGGGCGCCCUGGGGAAGAGGAAACACUACCAGCAGUUCCAGCCAGUGAUCACACUGGCCAAAGGCUACACCAUCCACUGGGACCAGGCGGCACCUGCUGAGGUCACCAUCUGGCUCAUCAACUUCAACAAAAACGACUGGAUCAAUGUGGGCCUCUGCUACCCACAAGGCACUGCCUUUACCAUCAUCUCUGACAUCCACAACCGCCUGACCAAACAGACCCGCAAGACGGGCGUCUUCAUGAGGACUACCCAGAAGGAGAAGAUCAACCACUCCCACCUGGCCAGAGGAUACUACUACUGGGAGGAAGACACUGGCCUGCUUUUCCUGAAGGUGAAGGCCCAUAACGACAGGGGGCAGUAUGCCUUCUGCUCCGUCAAGGGUUGUGAGAGGGUGAAGAUCACAGCCGUCAUUCCUAAAGGCAGUCCACCCAGCAACUGCAUGGCCCAGGCCUACCCCAGACACGCUGAGCUGCCUGUUGUGGAUGUACCCAUGCCCAGAAAGAUACCAAAUGCCAGGCUGCACACACCAGAACACUUCCUGGAGGUCAAACUGGAGUCCUACAACACUCGCUUCUUCCACAUCAAGGAGGACUUUGCCUUUACUGAGGUGAACGGCAGAAAGUUGUACCAACCAGAGGAUGGGGUGCAGCUGACCGUAAUUGACGGGCACGAUGGGAAGGUGGUAGAGAGCAAAGACUUCAGGAACUCCAUCUUACAGGGCAUCCCCGCACAGAUAGACAACUACAUCAGUGGACUGAGAGACGGUUCCAUUGUCCUCAUUACGUCUAAGGGUCGUCUGUUUACCAGAGGAUCCUGGACUAAAGUCCUGCAGCGACUUGGAGCAGACAAAAGCGUCAAAUUGAAAGAUAAGUUGGCAUUUGUGGGCUUCAAGGGCUCCUUCCACCCCGACUGGGUCCAUCUGGAGGUGGACAAUGACCGAGCCAAGAUCCAUCAGGUCCUGCCUGUCCCUGUGGUCCACAAGAUGAAGCUAUGAGUGGCAGGCAGAGUGGGGAAGACAGCAAGAGACUAUGUACCCCCCAGAUACUGACUCACAUACACUCCCUACAAAAAACAUGUACAGACACACACUUACACGACACACUGCCAGCACUGCACAGUCAGUUGCUCCAAGCCAUUGGUCCAGGAUCAAGUGGUGUUUUUUCUAAGAUUUUGGCGGUGAGCAAAAUUAUGUGAUUCUAUAUGUUGAAAAGGGGAAGACCCUCUCCUAGAGCUAGCAGUGCCCAUGGUGAACUGCAUCAUCGCGGUCAGCACAUCCGUACAGGGCGUAGGGUGACAACAUGUCCUCUGGCAGCCAUAUUGGAGGUCCUCAGCUCUUUGACAACAAUGGCUCAGAACAGCCAGCGGUGUUGUAGAAAUGUGUCUCCACAGACAAGAAUGACAUAAUUGAAUUUGGUUCUGUUUCUGACUUAACACUGUCACUGCAUCAUUAACAGCACUGUUAUGUUUACAUUAUGGUAGCUUGUCAGAUAGAGUAACCAUUGGAAUUGGUCAGCAAACCAUCACUGCUGCAAAACAUCUGUUUCGUACACCAGCAAACACAGACUAGUUUCAUGUUAACAUUGUUAGGCUGGUUUGCUCUGACACAGCCAAAAACAUUAACAGACUCUUCUCAAGCUUUAGCGUAGAAAAAGUGGCUUAAGGCAGUUCAGCCUUUGAUAUUCUCUAUCCUCUAACAGACUUCGCUAUCGGUUUACCCCCGCACUCUGACAUGUACAGCAAAAAUGUUGAUACCCUUUGGCGCUAUUGCCUGGAAUGAACUAGUUCAUAUGUUGUUCGAACACAUCUGAAAGCAAAACAAACAGUAAACUUAAAGGUAGGGUGACGUUAUGGGCAAGAUGAAAGAAUGAAAAAGGAGAGCUUCGCAGAAAAGUUCAGAGCUUUCCUACUUUUACAAGAAAUGUCCGUUGAAUGCUAUUAGAUGUUGUUUGACGGUCUGACAAGUACUUGCAUGAUGCCACCCGUUUAGAACAAAAAUUGAGAAGGUUAGGGCAAGUUUAUCAUUGGGAAAGUUGAGGGUUCAGUUGCUCAAUGAGCAAUGACCAUGUAUGAGUAAAAGUGCCUCUUUCUGGUAAACCCAAAGCCCUCCCUGCAACCUAGUGGUUAAAAUAUUUCUGCGGGGGGUUUAGACUCCGAGAUGCUCCUGCUUGGUUCUCCAGUCUUGGGUAGAUUGCCCAGCCAAUAGUGAAGUCUGUUACAGAUCUACUCAGAGGCUCACAGAACUGGAGUUAUACAUUUAUCCAACUAACAUCCAACCAGUGACAAUAUGCAAAUAUUUAGUUUUAGCGAAAAACAUGAUGCCGUCCAGAUUAAGUUAUAGUAUUCAGUGCCAAAUAUCCAGUGCUCUGCCAAUGCAGAGAUACCUGACAACUACAAAGAGAUACAAAACACCUUAAAAAAGACGCAACACAACCAGAGACACAAUGUGUGUGCCCAGAGGUCUCAUAAUCCGUUUAUGGUCAUGGUAAAGAAAUGGUUCUAAACAACCUGUUUUUUAAGCAUUAAAGGUCAUGCUUUAAGUUUAAAGGAAAAGCAGUUUGACAAAAAAGUUUGGCUAAGACUCAUCUUUUCUAGCAUUUUAAGUCCAGUUUGGUCCAAAAGUUCAUUUGUCAGCUUUCACACCAGUCUAAACAAACUCAUCCAAACGGGCAAAAGCACUAGUUUGUUUGAACUAUUAGCCUACUCAAAUGGUUUAUUUUUUCCCCAAUACUUCCUGCAUUGGCACAGAACAAUGGAAAAAAAUACAAAGUGCUACAACAAAGAGUUGUGUAUGAUUGUAGUUCAUAGGAGACUGAGUUAGCCACCUGAGAUAUUAGAUUAUUCACUUUUACACUGAUCAUUUGACAGUAAUCAUUUCCAAGAGUGUCUUUUUCCAGCCUGGUUGUUUGCUAUUUAUAUAGUACUGACUACUGGCCAAUUCCCCAAUGGACCUCCAUAAUGUCAGCCACGGUUGCUAGGCGAUUUAUGAUGCAAAAGCACAGCCUUUAUACAAAAAGAGGGUGCAAAUACUAAAAGUGUGGGUCAGUUAAUCAAACGCAUGUAUAAUGUAUGUGUAUCACUGAGCAUCCUUCCCAUGCAGGUCUCUGUGAUGUGUGACAGACGUAGAAGUUGAAAAGUGGUUUUCACGUCCUGCUUUGUUUGACCUGUUUCAAGAGAGAAAAGAGAAGAAAAGAAAAGAAGAAAAACAGCAACAUUCCUUGUUUUGCAUCCCGACCUGUGGUUGUUAACUUGCUCCGUUUCAUUCCGAGCACUCGCUCAUGUGAUAUGGUGAUGUUUUUCUUCCAUGGUUUUUUUUUUCAUAUCAGUGUUUGUGAUCCAUCCGUCUGUGUUAUUGAUGUUAACCAGCAAGAAGCCCUUAACAAAAUAAAAAAAAUUGAAUUGAAACUUUAACUGAAUUGUUAAAUCAGGGAGUUUUUAAAUGUGCAAUUUCCCCAUUUCAAAGUGACAGAGAAAUCUUUCAAUCCGGCAAGAAAAAAAAGGACUCCCCCUCUCUUUGCCGAAAUAGCUGGUCUUUUUUCGGAGGUUGUAGCAGUAAUUUAGUGUUUUGUAUGUUUAAUGUGUUUUUAAAAAUCCACAGAUUGCUAAGAGAUAUAUUUUAUACUUAUUUAUUGUACAGGCACAGUUGAUCCAAAUCUAAAAGGGACAUCUUUUGAGUUGUAAUGUUAUUAUUGUCCUGUAUGUAUACUGUAUGUAAGAAACCAUUAUAGCUCCAUUUUAAAAGAUUUGUACCAGACACUUGCUGCAUACAUGCAUAUGACUCUUGGUAUAGUUGGCUUGUUUUAACUGUUCACCUAAUGGAUGUGUCGUAUAUGUGGCUUGGGCUUGUAAAGUAAUGAAGCUCCUUUGAAUUUCUUUGAGGACUUUUCGUACAGAAAUAAAUGAUGCUGAACAGUU